GUAACCCUGCCAGAAGGAGGCAGUAAAGCAACCACUAGAUGCCCAAUGCACACAGACGUCAAUGUAAAGAAGAAGAAGAGAAGACGAAGCAGAAGAAGAAGAACAGCUGCAGCAUCUGGAACAACAACAGAAACAAGGAGACUAUACCUGACGGCCAUCUGUUUUGGCUUGAAAAUUGAGACUUAAAGAGGGAAGUAAAAGGCGAAGUAAGCUAAAUACUGACCAACGAAACAGAAAAAUGAACUGUUUUUAGAAAAUAGCUUCGCACGUCUUCUUCCUUCUUCGUCAUUUACUUCUUUGUCAUUAGCAACACAACUUGUAAAGCCUGCUGGAGGAGCUUCUGAAGACAACAGCUCUUUUCGUCCCUGCCGGUCACUCCUGUCCGUCAUUUGGACAUGGCGGAGCGGGACCCCUCGGCUCAAUUCGGCGGCCCUUUUACGAAUUCGACCAUUCCGCCUCCGAGGACGCGCAUCUUUAAAAUCAUUGUCAUCGGGGAUUCGGGCGUUGGCAAAACGUGUCUGACUUACCGCUUUUGCGCCGGCAAGUUCCCCGAAAAGACCGAGGCCACGAUCGGGGUCGACUUCAGAGAGAAGCUGGUUGAGAUUGAUGGAGAGAGCAUCAAGAUCCAGCUUUGGGACACGGCGGGCCAAGAGCGCUUCCGGAAGUCGAUGGUCCAGCACUACUACCGCAACGUGCACGCCGUCGUGUUCAUCUACGACGUGACCAAUCACGCGAGCUUCAGGAGCCUCCCGGCGUGGAUAGAGGAGUGCAAGCAGCACGCCUUGGGCUCCGAGGUGCCCAGGAUCCUGGUCGGAAAUAAGUGCGAUCUUCAGGAUUCCGUCCAGGUGGGCACGGACGAGGCGCAGCAUUUCGCCGACGCGCACUGCAUGCCGCUGUUCGAGACUUCCGCCAAGAGUCCAAACAGCCCAGGAACGCACCACAACAGUGACCACGUGGAGGCCAUUUUUAUGACAGUGGCACAUAAGCUGAAGUCCCAGAAGCCCUUGGUGCUGAGUCAGCUGCCAAAAGGAUCGGAGGGCACCACCGCCCUGACCGGGAGGAUUGAGGGAGACAACACGGCCGCCACCUGGGGCAGCUGUGGCAGUUGUUGAGGGAUAACAAUGUAGAAGACUAAAUAAAAGUUGCCUAUUACCAGGAGUAUGGCUGGAGAACGUCAUAUGUGUUUCUACGCCUGUGUUAUCGUUUUAUUAUCCAUUUAUUCUCCAUACAGCUGCAUGAGGCACGCGCCUUAGCUGUGACUUGGCUUGAGCUGCGACCAAGAGUCAAGAAUUUGAAUAUUGUUGCUAAUUUUCUCAUAAGGUAAGCAUUAGGGAAACACAAACUAUGUCUGUUGUCAAAUUUUUCUCAGGGGGAAUAUGCUGUUAAUCACAAGUACUGUGUGAAUAUUAGAAAAUAAAGAUACAGUUGACCUUUUAUGGCAAUGAUUGAUGAUGAUCAAAAAUAAUAAUACUGAGUUAAUUUUGGUAUUUGUGAGCUAAGAAAUGUCAUUAAAAUAUGUUUUAAAUCUUGAGUGAUAUUGAUUAUAUGAUCAUGGAGAAAACCUUGUGAUUAAAAGCAAUCGUGCCUGCAAAUACUAACCUGUUUAACUUGAUACAGAAUUCAGUAGCUUGCAGUGUCAGCUUCUAACUGUUGAUGGAAAAUAAAAGGUCCAAAAUGAGUUCUCAGUCCCCACAGAAGGAG